AUAAAAUACUAAUUUCAUAAAAAUGGGAAAUGUUGGGAAACCUUAGCCUUCUGGUCGUGUGCGUCGCGCGGGAAACAAACUAAUCGCUUAUGAUCGCCCACGCAUUUUCGAGUCUGAAGAAAGCAAGAUGGCGUGGCAACCAGAUGAACAUGGUUUGAAGCAAAUUUUGGACCUUUUGAAAGAAAGUCAAAGUCCUGACAAUGCGAUUCAACGGGCUGUUCAACAAAAAUUGGAGUCACUCAAUCAAUUCCCGGACUUCAACAAUUAUCUAAUUUUUGUGUUAACCAAGCUUAAAACUGAAGAUGAGCCAACCAGGUCCCUAGCAGGUCUUAUUGUAAAAAACAAUGUGAAAUCCAACUACCACCUAUUCCCUGAUAAUGUCAAAGAAUUUGUAAAAACUGAGUGUCUUCAGGCCAUUGGUGAUCCAUCACCUUUAAUAAGAGCCACUAUUGGUAUUUUGAUCACAACAAUUGCUCAAAAAGGAGAACUUAUUCAUUGGCCACAGUUAUUGCCAUCACUCUGUCAACUUCUGGAUAGUGAAGAUUACAGUGUCUGUGAGGGUGCCUUUGGUGCUUUGCAAAAAAUAUGUGAAGACUCUUCUGAACAGUUGGAUAGUGAUGCCCUGAAUAGGCCACUAAAUGUUUUAAUUCCAAAAUUCUUACAAUUUUUUAAACAUGCAAGUUCUAAAAUAAGAUCUCAUGCUAUUGCCUGUACAAACCAGUUUAUAAUCGGACGGUCUCAAGCAUUAAUGGUUCAUAUUACAUCAUUUGUUGAGAAUCUAUUUGCAUUAGCUGCUGAUGAAGACCCUGAAGUAAGGAAAAAUGUCUGUCGAGCGCUGGUCAUGCUGUUAGAAGUUCGCAGUGAUCAGUUACUACCUCAUAUGAACAACAUUAUAGAGUAUAUGUUAAUUCGGACUCAAGACAGUGAUGAGAAUGUUGCUUUGGAAGCGUGUGAAUUUUGGCUUGCACUAGCUGAGCAAUCAAUCUGUAAAGAAUGCCUUGCACCAUAUCUUAGUCGAUUGGUUCCUAUUUUAGUGAAUGGAAUGAAAUAUUCUGAGAUUGAUAUAAUUCUAUUAAAGGGAGAUGUUGAGGAAGAUGAAAGUGUUCCUGACAGUGAACAAGAUAUCAAGCCUCGAUUUCAUAAAUCUAAAACACACAGUUUGAAAAGAGAAGAUGGUGAGGUCUCUGAUGAUGAAGAUGAUGAUAUUGAUGAUGAUACCUUAUCUGACUGGAAUCUGAGAAAGUGUUCAGCAGCUGGACUGGACGUUUUGGCAAAUGUAUUCCGUGAUGAAUUGUUGCCUGUCCUGUUGACCAUAUUAAAGGAAACGUUAUUUCAUGCUGAAUGGGAAGUGAGGGAAUCUGGUAUUCUUGUGCUUGGGGCGAUUGCUGAAGGCUGUGUAAAUGGUAUGACACCUCAUCUUCCAGAACUACUUCCAUUUCUCAUCAACUGUCUCUCUGAAAAGAAGGCCCUUGUGCGUUCAAUAACGUGCUGGACACUAAGUCGCUACGCACAUUGGGUUGUCAAUCAACCGCAUGAAUUGUAUUUCCAGAGACUUAUGAGCGAGCUUCUUAAGAGGAUUUUGGACAGCAAUAAAAGAGUACAAGAAGCGGCAUGCAGUGCAUUCGCCACAUUGGAAGAAGAAGCUUGUACUGAACUAGUUCCUUACCUUGGAUAUAUACUACAAACAUUGGUAUUUGCUUUCGGGAAAUACCAGCAUAAAAAUUUACUUAUAUUGUACGACGCAAUUGGGACAUUGGCUGAUUCUGUUGGUCAUCAUCUCAAUAAACAAGAAUUUAUCGAGUUAUUAAUGCCUCCGCUUAUUCAAAAAUGGAAUGAACUGAAAGAUGAAGAUAAAGAUCUCUUUCCUUUACUGGAAUGCUUGUCGUCAGUUGCUACAGCCUUACAUUCUGGGUUUCUUCCCUAUGCUGAGCCUGUAUUUCAACGCUGUGUCUCGUUGGUCGAUAAAACUUUAGCACAGAGUUUGGCGAGUGCGGCAAACCCCGGCCAAGUGGAUGCUCCAGAUAAAGACUUUAUGAUUGUUGCUUUAGAUUUAUUAAGUGGUUUAGCCGAAGGACUAGAAAAUAAUAUCGAACAAUUUGUAGUUCGGAGUAAUAUUUUAACUCUUUUAUAUCAGUGUAUGCAGGAUGAUAUGCCAGAAGUUCGCCAAAGUUCUUUUGCACUGCUUGGAGAUCUUGCUAAAGCCUGUUUCAAACAUGUCAAGCCAUGCAUCGUUGAUCUUAUGCCUGUACUCGGACGAAAUUUGAAUCCUGAAUUCAUCUCGGUGUGCAAUAAUGCGACCUGGGCUAUUGGUGAAAUAUCCAUCCAGUUAGGAGAGGAAACGAAACCGUACGUCACUCUCGUUCUCUCGUCAUUGAUCGAUAUCAUUAAUCGAACACACACUCCGAAAACUCUUCUGGAAAACACAGCAAUCACGAUCGGCAGAUUGGGUUUAGUUUGUCCUCAAGAAGUGGCUCCCAUGUUAGCGCACUUUGUCAGACCCUGGUGCACGUCACUACGCAACAUCCGUGACAACGAGGAGAAGGACUCAGCAUUUCGUGGAAUUUGCAACAUGAUCAAUGUUAAUCCUGGUGGGGUUGCUCAGGAUUUCAUUUUCUUCUGCGAUGCUGUAGCGUCCUGGAUAAGUCCAAAACCGGAUUUAAAAGAAACUUUUCACAAGAUUCUUCAUGGUUUUAAGUCUGAAGUUGGAGCUGAAAGUUGGAAGAAGUUCUUUGAUCAGUUUCCACCGCCUCUUCAGCAACGACUUACCGAUGGCUACAGUCUAUAGGCAACCUGGGAAGGAAUUGCAUGCUGGGGGGACCUAGAUGUAGAUGGUGGAUGUGGGGUGUACAAUCCCGUUUCUACCCUCGUUGGGGGUACAUACAAGGGUGCAUGGGGAACUUCUUUGAGUUUACGUGUUCACACUUGUCCCGUAAUCUGUCGUGUGACGUCUGUGACGUGUCAUGUCACGUGAUUCAACGUAGCAUUAGACUAACGCAUGAGCCUUUAAGGGCAGACUAAUGUAUCAACCAAUAGAAUAACGCCGUUUAAUUGGCGUUUAUAAUUGUGAGAUACCCAAUCAUGACUGUUUAUAUGACUUAGAUUUCCUUCAAAAGUGUUAAUAAGACUGAACAAACUAGUUAGAUUCGUGAUAAUUCAUUAAUAACGCGACGAAUAAACGUUAAAGAGUGACGACGAAUGAAAAGUAUGAGAAGAUAGAGGAUGUUCAUUGCAAUUUUAACACAACAAAGAAAAUAACCUUUCAUUUUAUGUUUUCCUCAAAUGAGGUCAUUAUCCUUUUUCAGAUUAUUUCCUACGACAUGCAAUAUUAGUAAAUGUACGCCCGCCAUCUUCUCUGUGUUUUUUGAAUGGACACAAGCAUGCAGAUUUUAGCGCUGUUUAGAGUUGAAAAACAAAGGAAAUCGAAAGUCACAUAAACACUUGAUUGUGUAACAUAUAGAAAAUAAUACAAGUAUUGUUGCAGUGUUGAAGACAAAAACGUACAAUAUUAACUCACCUAAUUAUGAUAAUUAUAACGUAGUAUACUGUUAGAUUUAUAUAUUGCCCAGUCUGAGAUCAUAAAUUUCUAUUAGAAUUCUACUAAUAGUCUAAUUUAUCUUUCUGUAAUAAUUCCUAAAACUUUUAUAACAUUCCGGUUUUUACUUCUGAUAUUUUAAGAAUUCUGUAAGGUUAAAGCACUAAUGUUUUUAUGCAGACCUUGCAUGUUUUUUCUAGACCAGUUGGACAACGUUUUUCCAUUACAGAAACGAUUGAUUUUUACUAUAUAUUAUUGUUACACCUUUAACGUAUUAUAUUAAAAUGUUUUGGAGAAAAGUUGUUCAGCUGGUCUCAUAGCUAGCUAUGCCCGACAUGUUCGGUGUAAAUUUCGUUAUCGUAAUAUGAACCUAUAAAGUUCUAAUAAUAUAGAAUAUAAUAUACGCACAUUAACCUGUCAUUCUUGUAUUUGUCUGUAAUAUAUAUUGUGAAAGUUUGAAAGGUAAAUAUAUGAUUAAAUUA